AUGGGGGCCAUCAUCUCUACCAGCUGGGGUGCCUUGUCGUCCAUCCAGGAUUUUUUACCCCCCACGCCUGCAGCCUACACUGGUGUGGCAACCGUGUUCCAGUACUUUCCCAUCUUCUCGGUCGUCCAAUGGUUUCUAUCAUGGCAUCCAGCCGGCAAAACUUCCAUGAAAAGCUCUAUUUUCAACCUACCCGGCCGGGUAGCGUGGUGCAUCAUGGAGAUCGUCGGUCCACUCAACCUGAUCUACAACCUCUCUCAAACCUCACCAAGUUUCUUCGAACUGCCAGUUCCCAAUCAGCUUGUCGCCGCGCUUUACUGUACCCACUAUCUGAACCGUGCAGUCAUCUCACCAUUCUUCUCAGCCCCGAGCAUGUCCCCUAUCCACGUGUUCAUCAUGUUUAGCGCUAUUGGCUUCAACUGGCUGAACUCAUCUUGCAUCGCAGGCUGGUUGAGUGGGUACGCGAUCCCAAUCGCUGGGUUCCGGACUGACGGCUCUCCGGCACUGGAUCCCUCAUCAGCCAGUUUCGCCCUUGUGCAAAUCCUCCCUUUCAUUGGAGCGAUCAUGUUCUCUUUGGGAAUGGCAGGCAACAUCUUUUCCGAGACAGAGCUUUUCCGCCUUCGAAGAGAAUCAGCGGAACAGCGCUCUACCAAGAAAUCGGAUAUCACCACCGUCGUUGUAGACUCCAGUGGUUCUGAUGGUAACAAGUUUCACAGGGUCUAUGUUAUUCCACCGGUUGAGGGAGUCUUCCGCACGAUCUUGUACCCUCACUACGUCUUCGAGUGGCUUGAAUGGUUUGGGUUUAUGCUUGUCGGUACUGCAGUUCUCCCGCUGUCGGGGAAGAGUAUUGCUCCGCCUCUCCAAGCCGCGCCGUGGGUUUUCCCUGCCGCUUGGAUUGUGGAACUGCUGGGUAUCCCGCUUCCGUUGCCAGCCGUGCUCUUUGUCAUUAACGCGGUGGCUAAUAUGCUACCUCAUGCGCGGUGGGGCCGGAAGUGGUAUGUUGAAAAAUUCGGGGAGAAGGCAGUUGCGGGGCGUGGGGCUGUUAUCCCUGGCUGUGCAUGGAUGUAA